AUGUUUUGGAUAGUCGUCACAGCACUUGUUAAUUCAUGGACUAAAUGGUUCAAUUCGGCUAAACCAAGUGAUAAUGGGAAUUUUGACCAAGAGUUUCUCUCAGUAAUUCAAACAGCAAAUAGUCGUGAUGUAUGUGCGACACCUAAAGGAGUUCAACUACAAUCAGUGAGUCAACUCUCUGGCACCGGUUCUUUUGGAGGUUCAUGGACAACAACAAAUAACAUCGUUUCUGGAUUCAUAUCAGGUACUCCUGGUGUUGACUAUCAAAUACGAUUUUGUUGUGCUAAUAGUGAUUUUACACCAACUACAACAACACCACGACCAAUCACAAGUAGCACAUGUGGUCGAGCAGAGAUAAAACAUUCACUUAAAUCAUCACGAAUUUUCGGUGGUUCACAUGCUGUACGCAACUCGUGGCCAUGGCAAGUUCUAUAUGAAGAAAAAAAAUCGUGUGGAAACAAUCAAAUAUGUCUCGGUCUAUGUGGUGGUACUUUGAUCGAUUCACGUCAUGUGCUUACAGCGACUCACUGUAUUGGCACAACUAAUCCAGUUGCCAUUACUAUCACGGCUGGUCUUCACAAUAAGAAUGAUAAUGAAUCUGAUACAAGACAAGUGAGACUUGUUGAACGCAUCUUCAACCAUCCUAAUUAUAAUCCGCAAACAUUAGAAAAUGAUUUAACUAUUCUUCGAUUGGCUCAACCUGUUCAAUUUAACAAAUUUGUUCAACCAGCAUGUUUACCUGGACCUGAACCUCAACCGAAUGCUGAUGUUGUUCUGAUUGGAUGGGGAGCUUUAGAACUCGGUGGACGUCCUUAUCAUGAAUUGAAACAAACUAAAGUUAAUGUUGUUGGCGAUUGUAUCAAAUACUGGGGUCAAGUAGAUGAAACAAAACAAGUUUGUGUUGGGCAUAUUAGUACUGGCGAUUCUGCUUGUCAAGGUGAUAGUGGUGGUCCAAUGUUAUACGAACACAACGGACAAUGGGUUGUGUCAGGAGUAGCUAGUUUUGUAUCUGCAACUGGAUGUUCAACGUAUGCAAAUUCUCGACCUAACGUAUAUACUCGAGUAUCAGCUUAUUUGCCUUGGAUUAUGAGUAUUAUUUAA